AUGAUGAAAAGUAAAAGCACGGGAUCAUUGGAUCCACAACAUGCAAAAACGUUGGAUUCAAUUACCGUUCAUGCCUGUACUUGGAAUGUAGCCUCACAGGUUCCUAACAAAGCCUAUCUCCACAAGUAUUUUCGGAGAGUCUUCAUGGGUAACGAAAAUGACGAAGGCAAUCACGUGCCUGACAUUAUCGUGUUGGGAUUUCAAGAAAUUGAAAUGAAUGCAAAAGCUCUCCUUACAGAACAGACAGAGGCGGCAACAGUUUGGCGAUCCGUGCUCUCUGAAGUUUUCCCCGAGUACGACUGUAUAGCAUGUCACCAAUUGGUAGGCUUGUGCAUUUUCGUGUGGGUUCAAUUCAAGCUUGCAAGGCACUGUUCACCAUGCAUGGUGAGCGAAGUGAGAGAGGGGUUUUCGAGAACAUUGGGAAAUAAGGGUGCUGUCUCUGUACGAUUCAAGCUAUUUGGAAAACAACUCAAUUUUAUUAAUGUUCACUUACCCGCUCACACUGAAAAGCUAUUGGAAAGAAACGAAGCUCUGAAUUCAAUUAUUAAUAAGGCAGUGAAUGAUCCCACCCUCAUUCACACAAGUUCAUUGCAAUUUCAUCAUAGCAAUAGUAACAAGGUCAGCAUUACGACCAAAGAUGAUUUUGUCAUUAUCAUUGGAGAUUUUAAUUAUCGAAUUGACUCACAUUUUAACUUUACUGAGGUGAUUACGAAAAUUUCACAACAUCGACUUUCAAUUCUUUACAAGUGUGACCAAUUACAAAAAGAAAAGCAGCUAGGUAGAAUUUUGAAAGGCUACAAUGAGGCAGGGCCACUAGAAUUUAUCCCUACAUACAAGUGUAAAAGCUAUGAACCACACGAACAAGCACAAAUUGAUCUAAGUGAUAUUUCCAACAUUUUCAGUACAAAGAAGGAUCGAAUUCCUUCGUGGUGUGACAGAAUCUUUUUCAAGAGCAAUCCUAACAUUGUGGUUCACGAGUACACUUCUCAUAUUCACGUUUGUGCCAGUGACCACAAACCAGUGACAGCUAAAAUGACAUUGUGGUUCAAUAAUGAAAUGUUAGCCAAUUCACAAACCUCCCAGAAAGUGGAAAGUGUUGAUGAUUUAUUGAACUUUGAUGAACCAUUAUCUGCAAGUCCUUCCCUAGAGUCCAUCUCUUCCUCGACCUCUACGGCCGUUAAUGUUCCAACAACCACUGAAGUCAGCACCCAUGCACCUCGAAAACUUCCUCCAUUGCCAAAACAUUUAUUGGAUGCUAAAAAGAAGGUAGAAGGCUCCACACCAACAACGGAAAACCGCUGGCCAGAGAAAAUUGGAUUUACCAAUUCCACACCAAUUGGAGAAGAACGGCCCCAGCAGCCAUUACAACACGAUGAUGUUUGGGGGUUCUUUGAGAGUGAAGGCAACAACAACAACUCGGGCACAACCACCAUGCAAUUUUCGAACGUAACAACCAUCCCAAUCCCAUCUCCGUCACAACCUCUCCAGCAACGAAAUUCAUUUGACACCACGUCAACAACAAGUAUAUCAAAGAGUUCAAGUAGUGAUGGAUUUGCGGCUCUUGCUUUGCGACACUCCUCAAAGAGUGCUUCCCUUAAUGUCUCCUCCAACCCGACCCCGACGACGACCAUUUCUUCCCAUCCACCAAGUAGUACCACCUCUUCUUCAACUACUCGAUCCAAUCAUAAUAACUCUCGCUCCUCAUCACCAACCAUGAGACCUCAAACGAUUGAUCGUUUGGAUCUUUAUUCUGGGCUCAACAAUCCAUAUCACCAACAACAACAACGAAAUAACAAUGACCACAAUACCAAUUUUCAAUUGACAAACAAUGUUACAACAACAACAACCCAAUCUCAAAACAAUGAUGGAGAUUGGUGGUUAAAUUAA